GGGUAGUUAGUUGGACAACGGCGUUGCCGAAAACGGGCCACCUCAGCUGCCGCACAAUACAUUUUUGGUGCAAGCAGCUAGCCGAGCGACCGGAACCGGAAAUGCCCAUUGAGCCGCCUGACAACGACCACAACAGCCAUAGCCAUAGCCAUAGCCAUAGCCAUAGCCACUUCCACCCACACAUUCGCAGUUGCAGUCGCAGUUGCAGUAACGAGCAGCAUUGCAUUGGCAGCGGCCAUAAAGCCGAGCAACAAAUCGCCCACACACACAUGUAGUGGCAGCGCGAGUGCGUCAGUGUGUGCGGGCUCUGAAAACCGGAAGCGGAAGUCGAGGAGCAGGAGCAGGAGGAUCGCGAAGAGGAGUAGGAAGCAGCAGCAGCGGAUUAGAGACUUUUUCAUUUGCCGCAGUUCGUUAAGGAAAAUCAUUCAAAAUUCAUCGCCUAAGCAAAGCGGAUGCCGCACAAGAGAGAGUCGCGAAUAGAUCAAUCAGGCAAUCAAUCAAAACCGAGCAUAUCAACCGAGCGGCCAGCUCCGACGACCGGAGGAGAACCCGAGGGGAAGCCGAAGGCCAGCGUUGCAUUUAAGCUGUCCGCCGGACAGGGCGCACAACCGAACCCACUUGCUCUCCGCGGAUGAGCCGCGGAUUAUGUCACGAGACGACUAUAAUCCAGUGAAUAGCUCUGGUGUGCGCAGUCCGGGUCGCGUGCGGCGUCUCCAGGAAUUGCCGACGGUCGAUCGAUCCCCAUCCCGGGACUACGGCGCUCCUCGCGGAAGUCCUUUAGCAAUGGGCAGUCCAUACUACCGCGACAUGGAUGAGCCAACCAGUCCGGCCGGAGCGGGUCACCAUCGCAGCCGGAGCGCCAGCAGACCACCGAUGGCCCACGCCAUGGACUAUCCAAGAACCCGCUACCAAUCGCUGGACCGCGGCGGACUCGUGGACCCCCACGACCGCGAGUUCAUCCCCAUCCGGGAGCCGCGCGACCGCUCCCGCGACCGGUCCCUCGAGCGGGGACUCUACCUAGAGGACGAGCUGUACGGGCGGUCGGCGCGGCAGAGCCCCAGCGCGAUGGGCGGUUACAACACGGGCAUGGGCCCCACCUCGGACCGGGCCUACUUGGGCGACCUGCAGCACCAGAACACCGACCUGCAGCGCGAGCUGGGCAACCUCAAGCGGGAGCUGGAGCUGACCAACCAGAAGCUGGGCAGCUCGAUGCACAGCAUCAAGACCUUCUGGUCGCCGGAGCUCAAGAAGGAGCGGGCCCUGCGCAAGGAGGAGAGCGCCAAGUACAGUCUGAUCAACGACCAGUUGAAGCUGCUCAGCACGGAGAAUCAGAAACAAGCCAUGUUGGUGCGCCAGCUGGAGGAGGAGCUGCGCCUGCGGAUGCGGCAGCCCAACCUCGAGAUGCAGCAGCAGAUGGAGGCGAUCUACGCAGAGAACGACCACCUGCAGCGCGAGAUCAGCAUCCUGCGCGAGACGAUCAAGGACCUCGAGUGCCGGGUGGAGACCCAGAAGCAGACGCUGAUCGCCCGCGACGAGAGCAUCAAGAAGCUGCUGGAGAUGCUGCAGGCCAAGGGAAUGGGCAAGGAGGAGGAGCGCCAGAUGUUCCAGCAGAUGCAGGCCAUGGCCCAGAAGCAGAUGUACAAUAACUUCGCGGGCGCCAGCGGAAAGCCCCCCCUGCCGGACAUAAUCGGGCAGUACUACGGCCCGGCCGGGAGCGGGCCCCUCUCCUACGGAGCGGGCAAUGGCUACGGCCCGGCCACCACCUACGACCUCUACGGCCCCUCGACCUCCGCGGGCUCAGCGGGCUACGGACUGUACGACCCGGCGCCCUACGGCCCCUGCCAGACCUCGCCGAUCCGGCGCAGGCGCUACAGCAUCGCCGGGCUGCCCUCGGCGACCAUGUACAACGACGUGUACGGCUACCGCCCCCCGCUGCAGCAGACCAGCUCCUCGAACAUCGUGAACCUGCUCAACGAGGCGCACAAGUCGAUAUCGCGCAGCUCGCAGAUCCUCAACCUCACCAACCAGGCGCGCCAGCUGGGCCAGCUGGUGACCACGCCCCUCGGCACCGGCGUGGGCGUGGGCGCGGGACUGGGCCGCGUCGUGUCCAGCUACCCCACGCUCCAUCCGGGCGACACCUCGCCGCCGUACCUCAACGACAACCUGAUGCAGAUGUCGACGAGCUUCUCCUCGCAGCCCAACAUGUACUUCCAGCCGGCGGCGCAGGCGCAGAUGCCGCCCGCCCAGCUCCUGCCCACGCAGCUGUCGGCGGCCCAGAGUGCGGCUGCGGCGGCCGCCCGCCUCCGGCCCGCCUACUCGGUGACGAACCUCGUGUCCAGCUACCCCUCGGCGGCGGGAGUGGGAGUGGGGACGGGGUCGCUGUACGGCUGCAAGUACGGCGGUGGCUAUCCGUACCAGAGCGACCUGGGAUACGGCAACCCGCUAGCGAGCUUCCAGCAGCGCCAGCUGAUGGCCCAGCAGUCGCUGCACGCCUCCAACCCCGCCAUCUCGCAGUACUACCAGAACCAGGGAUUGGGAGCGGGAUUAGGAGCCGGAGCGGGAGGGGGAGGGGGAGCGGGGGCGGCGGCGCUGGCCUACAACCUGCAGCAGCAGUUCGCCGGGACGCACCACUACGGGGGAGGAGCGCAGGGCCCGCCGCUGGGCCACUCGCACAUCCAGGCGUCCGUGCAGCAGCAGAUGCACCCGCAGUACCAGUACCACGUGCACCAGCACCAGAACCACCUGCAGACGCACCCACUGGCGGCACUGGCCAAUACGAGCGGCCCCUUCGGCGGGACGCUGGCCAGCAGCGCCAGGGACUACGUGGACGGGCUGCACCAUGCGGCCCACUCGCAUCCGCAUCCGCACCAGCAUCCGCAUUCGCAUACGCAUCCGCAUUCGCACCACGCAUCCUCGCAUCAUGCGGCCUAUCCGCACUCGCAUACGCAUACGCAUCCGCAUCCGCAUACGCAUCCGCACCAUCAGCAGCAGCCGCAGCACCAUCACCACCAUCUGCCAUACUCGAAACUAGACUUAGAUUACCCGAAACUGCCGCAAGAGCAUAAGCGACAACUGGACGAAUUCCGUCUUGAAAUACAGAGAAGGGAUCAAGAGAUCCUGGCGAUGGCGGCCAAAAUGAAGACGCUCGAGGAGCAGCACCAGGACUACCAGCGGCACAUAGCGGUGCUCAAGGAGUCGCUCUGCGCCAAGGAGGAGCACUACAACAUGCUGCAGACGGACGUCGAGGAGAUGCGCGCCCGGCUCGAGGAGAAGAACCGCCUCAUCGAGAAGAAGACCCAGGGCACCCUGCAGACGGUCCAGGAGCGCAACCGGCUCACCAGCGAGCUCACCGAGCUCAAGGACCACAUGGACAUCAAGGACCGCAAGAUCAGCGUGCUCCAGCGCAAGAUCGAGAACCUGGAGGACCUGCUCAAGGAGAAGGACAACCAGGUGGACAUGGCGCGGGCCCGGCUGUCCGCCAUGCAGGCGCACCACAGCAGCUCCGAGGGGGCGCUGACCAGCCUGGAGGAGGCCAUCGGCGACAAGGAGAAGCAGAUGGCCCAGCUGCGGGACCAGCGCGACCGGGCGGAGCACGAGAAGCAGGAGGAGCGCGACCUGCACGAGCGCGAGGUGGCCGACUACAAGAUCAAGCUGCGGGCCGCCGAGAGCGAGGUGGAGAAGCUGCAGACGCGGCUCGAGCGGGCGGUCACCGAGCGGGAGCGGCUGGAGAUCAAGCUGGAGGCCUCGCAGAGCGAGCUGGGCAAGUCGAAGGCCGAGCUGGAGAAGGCCACCUGCGAGAUGGGCCGGAGCAGCGCCGACUGGGAGUCCACGAAGCAGCGGAUCGCGCGCCUCGAGCUCGAGAACGAGCGGCUGAAGCACGACCUGGAGCGUUCGCAGCUGCAGCUAGAAGAACAGACCACACUACACAAAACCACGUUUGGCCGGACCACGAUGACCACCUCCCAGGAGCUGGACCGCGCCCAGGAGCGGGCGGACAAGGCCUCCGCCGAGCUGCGACGCACCCAGGCGGAGCUGAGAGUCACGCAGUCGGAUGCGGAGCGGGCCCGCGAGGAGGCGGCCGCCCUGCAGGAGAAGCUGGAGAAGAGCCAGGGCGAGGUGUACCGACUCAAGGCGAAGCUGGAGAACGCCCAGGGCGAGCAGGAGAGCCUGCGCCAGGAGCUGGAGAAGGCGCAGAGCGGCGUCUCGCGCAUCCACGCGGAUCGCGACCGGGCCUUCUCGGAGGUGGAGAAGAUCAAGGAGGAGAUGGAGCGCACCCAGGCCACGCUGGGCAAGUCGCAGCUGCAGCACGAGAAGCUGCAGAACUCGCUGGACAAGGCCCAGAACGAGGUGGACCACCUGCAGGACAAGCUGGACAAGCUGGGCGCCGAGAACCGGCGGCUGGUGCUCGAGAAGGAGAAGCUCACCUACGACUACGACAACCUGCAGUCCCAGCUGGACAAGGCCCUCGGCCAGGCGGCCAGGAUGCAGAAGGAGCGCGAAACGCUCUCCCUGGAUACGGACCGCAUCCGCGAGAAGCUGGAGAAGACGCAGGUGCAACUGGGCCGCAUCCAGAAGGAGCGCGACCAGUUCUCCGACGAGCUGGAGACGCUCAAGGAGCGCUCGGAGUCGGCGCAGACGCUGCUCAUGAAGGCCGCCCGCGACCGGGAGGCGAUGCAGACGGACCUGGAGGUCCUCAAGGAGCGCUACGAGAAGUCGCACGCCAUACAGCAGAAACUGCAGAUGGAGCGCGACGACGCGGUGACCGAGGUGGAGAUACUCAAGGAGAAGCUCGACAAGGCGCUCUACGCCAGCCAGAAGCUGAUCGACGAGAAGGACACCUCGAACAAGGAGUUCGAGAAGAUGCUCGAGAAGUACGACCGCGCCCAGAACGAGAUCUACCGCCUGCAGUCGCGCUGCGACACCGCGGAAGCGGACCGCGCCCGCCUCGAGGUGGAGGCCGAGCGAUCGGGGCUGGCGGCGGGCAAGGCGCGCGAGGACCUGCGCAAGCUGCAGGACGAGAGCACGCGCCUCCAGGAGGCCUGCGACCGCGCCGCCCUCCAGCUGAGCCGCGCCAAGGAGUGCGAGGACAACGCGCGCAGCGAACUGGAGCACAGCCGCGACCGCUUCGACAAGCUGCAGACGGACGUGCGGCGGGCGCAGGGCGAGAAGGAGCACUUCCAGUCGGAGCUGGAGCGGGUCACCUACGAGCUGGAGCGCGCCCACGCCGCCCAGACGAAGGCCGGCGCCAGUGCGGAGGCGGCCAAGGAGGAGGCGGCCCACUACGCUGUGGAGCUGGAGAAGAUGCGCGACCGCUACGAGAAGGCGCAGGCGGAGCUGCGCAAGCUGCAGGACACGGACACCUUCGGACGGGAGACGCGCCGCCUCAAGGAGGAGAACGAGCGGCUGCGCGAGAAGCUGGACAAGACGCUCAUGGAGCUGGAGACGAUCCGCGGGAAGUCGCAGUACGAGUCGGAGUCGUUCGAGAAGUACAAGGACAAGUACGAGAAGAUCGAGCUGGAGGUGCAGAACCUGGAGUCGAAGCUGCACGAGACCAGCCUGCAGCUGGAGCUGUCGAAGGGCGAGGUGGCCAAGAUGCUGGCCAGCCAGGACAAGCAGCGCUCCGAGCUGGAGCGGGCACACAUCGAGCGGGAGAAGGCGCGCGACAAGCACGAGAAGCUGCUCAAGGAGGUCGAUCGUUUGCGCCUGCAACAGUCCUCGGUGAGCCCCGGCGAUCCGGUGCGCGGCUCCUCGUCCGCCCUCUCCGCCCUCACCGCCGGCGAGCGGCAGGAGAUCGACCGGCUGCGGGACCGCCUGGAGAAGGCGCUCCAGUCGCGCGACGCCACCGAGCUGGAGGCCGGUCGCUUGGCCAAGGAACUGGAGAAGGCGCAAAUGCAUCUGGCCAAGCAGCAGGAGAACUCCGAGUCGGCGCGCAUCGAGUUCGAGCGGAUGGGCGCCGAGCUGGGCCGCCUGCACGACCGCCUCGAGAAGACGGAGGCCGAGCGGGAGGCGCUGCGGCAGUCGGCACGCGGCGGAGGCGGAGGCGCCGCUGCCCCCCAUCCGCAGCUGGAGAAGCACGUGCAGAAGCUCGAGGCGGACGUCAAGCAGCUGGCCGUGGAGCGGGAGCAGCUGGUGCUGCAGCUGGAGAAGAGCCAGGAGAUCCUCAUGAACUUCCAGAAGGAGCUGCAGAGCGCCGAGGCGGAGCUGCAGAAGACGCGCGAGGAGAACCGCAAGCUGCGCAACGGCCACCAGGCCCCGCCGACCGCCCAGGCACCCGCCCCCGCCCCCGGAGCCUCGCCGGCCGAGAUCCAGGCCAUGCAGAAGGAGAUCCAGGCGCUGCAGCAGAAGUUGCAGGAGUCGGAGCGCGCCCUGGCCGCCGCAGGACCCCAGCAGGCGCAGGCAGCCGCGGCGGCGCAGGGAGCGAGUCGCGAGGAGAUCGAGCAGUGGCGCAAGGUCAUCGAGCAGGAGAAGGGGCGGGCCGACAUGGCCGACAAGGCCGCCCAGGAGAUGCACAAGCGCAUCCAGCUCAUGGACCAACACAUCAAGGACCAGCACGCCCAGAUGCAGAAGAUGCAGCAGCAGAUGCAGCAGCAGCAGCAGGCGGCGCAGCAGGCGGCACAGCAGGCGGCGCAGCAAGCGGCGCAGCAGCAGGGCGCGGCAGGAGCCGGCGGAGCGGACCCCAAGGAGCUGGAGAAGGUGCGCGGCGAGCUGCAGGCGGCCUGCACCGAGCGGGACCGCUUCCAGCAGCAGCUGGAGCUGCUGGUCACGGAGCUGGAGAAGAGCAAGUUGUCCAACCAGGAGCAGACCAAGCAGCUGCAGGCGUCGCAGCAGCAGGUGCAGCAGUUGCAGCAGCAAGUACAGCAACUGCAGCAGCAGAUGCAGCAGCUGCAGCAGGCGGCCAGCGCGGGCGCGGGCGCCACCGACGUGCAGCGCCAGCAGCUGCAGCAGCAGCAGCAGCAGCUGGAGGAGGUGCGCAAGCAGAUCGACAACCAGGCCAAGGCCACCGAGGGCGAGCGCAAGAUCAUCGACGAGCAGCGCAAGCAGAUCGACGCCAAGCGCAAGGACAUCGAGGACAAGGAGAAGAAGAUGGCCGAGUUCGACGUGCAGCUGCGCAAGCGCAAGGAGCAGAUGGACCAGCUGGAGAAGUCUCUCCAGACGCAGGGAGGCGGCGCGGCGGCCGCCGGCGAGCUCAACAAGAAGCUCAUGGACACGCAGCGCCAGCUGGAGGCAUGCGUCAAGGAGCUGCAGAACACAAAGGAGGAGCACAAGAAGGCGGCAACCGAGACGGAGCGCCUGCUGCAACUGGUACAAAUGUCGCAGGAGGAGCAGAACGCCAAGGAGAAGACCAUCAUGGAUUUGCAACAAGCCUUAAAGAUCGCUCAAGCCAAAGUCAAACAAGCACAAACGCAGCAACAGCAGCAGCAGGAUGCUGGGCCAGCUGGCUUCUUGAAGAGCUUUUUCUAAAGAGUGCCCCCGAAAAGCAGGAAAACAAAUAUGCAGAUGAGGCGGCAGGAAUACACCCGUACUAUUUACCCAACAGCGAUAAUGGAAAACCAAAAGAGCAACAAAUUACCAAAAGCACUGUCUACUAUUUUGUAUACUACCGAUGCCGAUACCGAUACCGAUACCAAUACUGAUACCGAUAACGAUACCGAUACCACUACCACUACCAACUAUGCAGUAUUUCUACGACUCUCACACACACUAUACAAACUACACACACACACACUGACACACACUUGUAAAUGACACCAUGUAAAUGCAAACUGCAAUUAUUUGAUAUUUAUGUGUAUUGUGUAAUUAGGUUGCCGCUAUACUCAAAUUGUGGAUGCAUUUAAAAGUCAGCUCGUAUAGCGUACUUUGUAAACUUUCUUAACUCUCUCUAACUCACUAACUCGAUCCUUUUUCGAACUCAACUCGAACUCAACUUAAAGUUUAUCGUUAGCCAGGACCCCCUGUUGCCCGAAUUCCCCCGCGAGCUUUCUGUCCCCCACUUUCUCUCUGUCGGUCGGAGCUGAAGAACGUAGACUACGUCCUCGGCCCCCAUAAUCCUUCCCGUAGGACCACCAUCCCGUUAGAGCUGCUUUGGACCCGAACAGGUGCAGCGGGCACCAUCAAUUAUCGUCGAUAUAUGGUUAUAGUUAGUCAGACAGGAAGAUCGGAACAUCACUCGCCUCACUAGCACACUGUACAUAGGCAUUGGCAUCAGACUCAGAAUCAGAAGGGAAAGGACACAAUACGUAGAGCAAUAAAGGAUAAACACAGAUAAUAGCAGCGUAGUUACGAGUAUAUAUGUAAAUCAUAGUUACAUGCAUUGCGAUGAAGUUAUACAUAUUGCCUAGCCUUUAGCCGUGUACCAAAGAACUAUCAAUAUAGACCCAGGAGGACUACCUACCUACUACCAUUCGUAUCAGCUAGCACGGAUAUUAUCGAUAAACGUCAACUACACAAGUGCAAUCUCUAUUUUAAUUAGUCAAAUCUACACGAUAUGCCCCUAGCCCCCGAUCCCCGUUCCCCCGACUAAAUAGACGAGUCCCUUACGCAAGCUUUACCAAGUCAGCUGUGAAUGCGCAUUAGUGCUUAUAGAGUCUCGUAGAAGAUCGAUAUUCCUCUAGUUGCUUUUGGUUCGGAUGCAGGCGGAAGUGUUAUUGUUAUCGGACUUAGGGACGCACCCCAGUAACGCAUAUUAUAUAGCCUCGGAGGAGUAGAGUGUACAAACUGUAGAGUACCGCAUUGACUAGCAGGAAUUAGUUGGUCCAUUGAGUGUAUUUCCGUUCAGUAUGGUUUACCUAGAAGGAAGCAUAUGGAGGGAGGAAGUACGGAGUUAUCACUGCCAGUGUAAGCAAGAAUAUUGAUAGAGGGAGGUCUUUAAUCCUAGGGCCUGUCAUUAGAUUACCACUUGAGUUUCGGUUACUGUGUGAAACCAGCCACGAAGACAUUCAGCGAAGACACAACACAAUCAUAUCAUACAAGCCUAUAUCAUAACCCCAGAACGAAGGACAGUAGGUCCCCACCCCCUACCAACUAUGUAUUUCCAUUUGUAAUGAGAAGGGAUCGAUUGUGGGAUUGACAGAGGAGGCCCUCCACCUCUUAGGUAAUCGAUUAACGACCAAGUAACUACGAUAGAGCUGCACUCUCGCUUUGCGUUCCGUUCAGCGAUCGUUCGAUUUGUGUACAUAAGUUAGGUCCUCUCUCGCCAGGAAGUUCCCCCUCAAGUUCCUAAGUUGCAGGAACCCCGGGUUUUUCGGUGCAGCUGAAGGGCAGAAAACCAGACAAACCAGAGCUCGCGAGUCAAGUAAUUAUCGGUGGCAUCUUCACGUUCGACGCAGGUGUACAUAGGUGUCUAGUUAUGUAAGCAUGACAGAAGCUGUAUAAUAUAUGAAAGUCUACUAUAUACGAUAUGAUUAACCAUCAGCCAGAUUAACACGCAGACCACUGAGAACACGAGAACAAUUAACUAUCGACAAAUCAAGCGAGCGAACUUCGCGGUAGGACACUCCACAAAGGACACACCACGUUGACAAUACAACCACCCACAAGACACGUUAACACUGAACACUAAGAACCGGAAUCACCUUUGAACAAGACCAUUAAGCUAAUGAAAGCCAACAUAUCUGAGUCAAGAUAGCGCUAAUCUCAUGUCAACCGGGGACAACCUGAUGACAGGUCACCAACUCAGUCACUCGUCACUCAGUCACCUUCGAUCUUGAUCUCGACUUCGAUUUCCAGUUAUAGAGGACGGAACGUUUGCCUUUACUACUUAACUUAACUUACCACGUAUCGUAUUGUUAGCCUAGAUAGUCUCAAUUAACGCAGCAGCAGCGGCAGCAGCAGAAGUGGCAACCAGCUGAGAAUAAGAACAUGAACUAACGGUCUAUCUACUUAUAGAACUUGCCGUACACUUUAAUCAUAUUAUCCCCGCCGUCGUGUACCCUACUUAUAGAUACAAAUACGAAUACAAAUACAGAUACAAGUACGAAUACAAAUGCAAAUACAAAUACAAAUACAAAUACAAAUACAAAUACGAUUACGAAACUAAAGGAUAGCGAGGAAGCUUCGAUAACUUUUUCUAUACCAGUCUAGCGAAAAUAACAAACGUAAACGUAAACCAAAAUCUGAAUCCACAGCAAGCCCAAGUCUCGAAUAAUGUAAUUUAGCAAAUUGUAACUCAAUAUAGGCACUCUUGCUCUCACACAGACCCGAAGAUCAGGCGAGAAUCGGCGGCAGAUUAAUGAAUUUAUAUUACCGAUAAUGCAAGCGAAGAUUAACCCAGUGUGUACUUCUCUGUACAUAGACCUAUAUAUAUAUAUAUAUAUAUAAUACUUACGACUAGAGCAAGCAUACGAUAGAUGAAUAUAGGAAUAUACGGAUACAAAACAUAUACAUAGCAGAUAUGGAAAGAGAGCGCAAAUUAUAUAGAUACCACAGCAUCAUCCAUCGAGGAUCAGAGCCGAGAUCGUAGUCAGAUAGCCAGAGAGCCAGAUAGCCAGAUAGGCCGAUAGGCAGAUAGCCGGAUUGUCGGACGGAGAGGAGGGGGCGGAGCAGGAGAGUAGCCCAGAAACCAAGUCCCAAAGCCGAAUCCGAUACCGAUAGCGAUACCGAUACCGAAAUAUCCACAGAGAACGAUAAAAUCCAAAGGAAGAACAACAAUUUCGUGUAAACAUUUUUUUAACAAGUUUGGUGAUCUACGAUAUUGGUAAUAAUUAUUGAUAAUAUAAUAAAAUAAAAGGAUAUAUAUAUAUAUACACAUACAUAUAUUAUACAAAUAUAUGAAGUAAAGCCCAGUACUCAGAACAGCAACUUUUUCGGAAGGUGAAUAGCCGCUUUGGCGCAGUGUGACCGGUCAUUAGAUAAAGUCACCAAUAGCUUUGGCCACACUGUGCUCGAAUCCUGCUCUAAGCUCUGCCACCCGAUUUCUACUGAAACUUGUGAUCCGAACAAACCUUGUCGAUCUGAGCACUGGACUUUAGCAGGAGUAGGCAAUUGAACGGAACAAGGGGAGGCAUACAUAAAGUACGAGUAAAUAUUUAUUAUAUAAUGUUUUUUAAGUAACUUAUAGUAAGCCAGUAUAUAUACACACAUAUAUAUAAAUUAUACAUAUAUGAAACUACAUAAGUUUACAAGGUAUAUGAGAAAACAAACGACAAACCAAAUUAAGAAUCAACCACAACAACAAAGAGCAACAUUAAAGGUAAACAACAAAAACGCAACCGCAGCAACUAAACAAAGUAAACGAUUAGAGGUGAGGUGGGAAAAAUAUAAUAAUAACAAAGUAAAUAAAUUUAUUAUAUACAUACAUACAUAGAAGAAUAUUACAAAUGGAGAAAGUCGAGCGCAAUGAAAGCGAGAUGAAAAUGAUUAUUUGAAACAUGUUCAUUAUAUAUAAAUGUCAUUACAAAUGUUCUUCAAAACUGCCUACCAAUAAAAUAUAUUUCA